UGCAGCAGCAAAGCGGUGUGUGACGCAGAAGGAGCUGUUAAAACAACGUAGGCAUAAAUUUACGCCGCGCUUUAUCGGACCGUCGUCGAAGCUAUUGGAUGCAAACAGCCUACAGUUGAAAUGAAGAACGUACUAUGGCCGACAGCCAGCUUCGGUUUGUUGUUUGCAGUAGCCUAUGUAGGCUGCGCAGAGUCUGAUGAGAAGAGCAAUGACGCAGAUAAGCUGUUGCAGGAAAUAAGCAGCAGAUAUGGCUUAAUUAACCAAACUGCUGAACCUUUCCUUCAAUUGAGUUUUAAAUGCAUCACGAUGGAAAUGACGGGAGGAAGCGCACCAUACACGGUAUUUGUUGACUGCAGUGAGAAAACAAAUGGGCCACCUUCGCCUCUAACCACCUAUGCCAACAAUUGGGAGACAUUAAUUUAUUCGGCAACGACAUCUGCAACAGAAGGGUCUUCAGUCAAUAACACGAUUUCGUUUAAGCCUGAUAGCACUGAAACUAAAGCACGGCUUAGCGAAAGAACAUACGAAUUACUACUGGCUGAUUACACGCUCUGUUUUGUACUUGGAAGUGUGUGCGGAUCUUCCAACAGAAAGCAUUGCUCACUGUGGCAAAAAAUUGAACAUACAGAAUCCUGUCCUGCGGAAACCAAGCAAGCCUCAACUUGCGAUCAUGCGUUUGAACAGUGCAAAAGGACACAGAGUCGUUUGGUUCGUAGUGUAUGACAUGUGGCCGAACGGUGGAAAAAAGAUACGCAGACUUCAGUAGUCGGCGACGACAACUGGCUUGAUGCCAAGAUCAUCAGCAUUUUCGCAUAAAGGUUACCCUGCUGUAUUAAUAAAAUACAU